GCGCUGUGCCUGGCCUGGUACGGGCUGAGCGCCGGCGGGAACGUGGUGAACAAGCUGCUGCUCGGUGGCUUCCCGCGGCCCGUUACCGUUUCGCUUUUUCACAUCCUGGGGCUGUGCGGGCUCUUACCGCCGUUGCUGCGCGCCUGGCGGGUACCGCCCGCCGGUCCGGCCCAGCUGCCGCCCCGCGCCUACCCCCGGUACAUCCUACCGCUCGCUUUCGGCAAGUACUUCGCCUCCGUCUCCGCGCACGUCUCGCUCUGGAGGGUCCCGGUCUCCUACGCGCACACAGUAAAAGCGACGAUGCCAAUAUGGGUGGUUCUUCUUUCGCGGAUCAUAAUGAAGGAAAAGCAGACGACGAAGGUGUACUUGUCUCUGAUCCCCAUAAUAACUGGUGUCUUGUUGGCCACCGUCACGGAACUUUCCUUUGACAUGUGGGGACUCAUCAGUGCGCUUGCUGCUACUCUGUGUUUUUCACUUCAGAACAUCUUCUCAAAGAAGGUGUUAAGAGAUUCCCGAAUACACCAUCUUCGGUUGCUGAACAUACUUGGGUGCCAUGCUGUGUUCUUCAUGAUCCCAACGUGGGUUUUGGUAGAUCUUUCUUCCUUCUUAGUAGAGAAUGACUUGAGCACGAUGUCUCAUUGGUCCUGGACCUUGAUGUUGCUUAUAAUCAGUGGAUUCUGUAAUUUUGCCCAGAACGUCAUUGCCUUCAGUAUUCUUAACCUGAUCAGCCCGCUAAGUUACUCUGUCGCAAACGCCACAAAAAGAAUCAUGGUCAUCACGGUGUCCCUUAUAAUGCUUCGCAAUCCGGUUACAAGCACCAAUGUCCUUGGAAUGAUGACAGCUAUCUUAGGGGUCUUCUUAUAUAACAAGACAAAAUAUGAUGCAAACCAAGAAGCAAAGAAGCAGCUACUUCCAGUUACAACUGGAGACCUUGUGAAUUUGGACAGGCAUCGAAACACUCCUGAAAAGUCUCAGAAUGGACUUACGGCAUUUGCACAACAUGGAGACUAUCAGUAUGGUCGAACCAAUAUCUUAACAGACCACUUCCAGUAUAAUCGGCAAAACUAUCCAACUACCUACAACUUAAAUCGUUUUGAUAUAUAGAAUCCUGGCAAGCAGGUAUAGACUGUGAUAUCGAAGUGUCCCCAACAUUAUCAGAAACUUUCAGUACAUCCAUGAAUGUAAAGCCAUUUUAUUGUACAGUUUUUGCAGAAGGGAAGGUGCAUGUGUAGUGAAAGCGGUACAGACCUUCAACAACUUCUAAGCAGACCUUUAAACGUGAAACAACUAGAUCUGACACUGGAACUAAAUGCACAGUGUAGCCCUUGUACAGAAAUUCUGGUGAAAUGCACGUACGUAACUUUGGAGUAAAAUACCUGCUGUCACUGCUCCUUUUCAGAGCCUGUCAACUGAUUAUUCUUUUGGCAGCUAAAUUCUGGCCAGUAUUUUGUUCCUGCGCUGGUAACGUCACCUUUAAUUUGUUCUCUAAUACGUUUUAAUGAUCCUUUCUUUUAAUGGAAUUUUCAGAAAGAAGUGAAACUAAGGCGUACUUCUGGUUAUCAGGAUUUGUCUGUUUGAGGAGGAUUGACUUAUGUCUAUCAGUUGCAGAUAGGUAGAGUUGAAUUCACCUCGAGCGACUACGAAACUUCACGUGGGUAUUAAUUAACUCCUUUUGUGCCUAUGCCUCCGGUUGUUGAUGACAAAACAGAAGUGUUUCUGAAAGAGUAGGCAGUGGAAGGAUUAAUCUCUUCAAGAAGCAUAUUUCAGGCAUAGAGAAACAGAAUUCUCUGAAAUCACUGUUGUCCCAGUCACUGUAGAUAACAAACAAACAGAGCUUAAGACUAUGAUUGUUUUCUGAAUAAUGUAGUCCUGUAACUUCAGACAUUGCUCUUCCUUGGCAAUACAGAAAACACCUUCAUAAAUAAAGUGUUUGGAAUAAUACGAUUUUUUUUUUCACUUGCUUCACACCUGUUCUUAGAAAACUCUUCUGUUGCUUUAGAAAUUGAAGGGUAUCAGGUGUUUUCUUCUCAGUUCAAAUUAUGCUCUCUUACAUGAUUCUUAUAUUAUGGAUGCAUUAAUUUGAAUAAUCAUCAUUCUUAAUUGUUUCUUAAGUCUACCUUUUUAGCCCCUAAUUGUUUAAGUUUCUUAAUUACUGCUGUUGGAGUUGCUGUGUGCAUUUAGCCUGACUUUCACUUCCCGCUGAAAGAAGUUAAAUUUUGUAUCCUGCUCUGUUCCUGCAACUCCCCUAGCUCAAACAGUAAAUUGUUAAGAAAAAAUUAUUUGAAUCAGCAGUAAAUAGAUAAUUUAUGGUUAAGAAGAACUGAUUCAGUUAGUAUAAAUGAACAUACUUAAUUCUAGACAAGUUGAUUGUUGUGCGUCAGAUACUGCAUUUGUGCGUGAAAGGAAUGAAACCAGUUGAACUUGGGUUUCACUGAACCAGAUUUUGUUAUUGUUAUUACUUUAGCAAAACAAGAUUUUAGGGGCCUUCUUUCCUUAACAGAAAAGCUGUUGUACAGUGAGAUUUUUGAUAGCAUAUUAUGUUUUUACUAGAGAGGUAUUAGACACCAGUGACAAAAUUUAGGGUGUGGUACAGAACACCCCCUCUACUUAUUUAUUGCUUUUUAAAUGACCAUUUCCUUGAUGUGAUGUGAUGAUUUGGCUCCUUUCUGGAUAAUAAAGAAUUUAUUUUUAAGUGCAAAGGCAACCUGAUCUUAUUCUUUUGGCUGACUGUGGAGGUAGUUACAUAGACUGCCUUCCUCCAUACAGCCCAAAAGAGGAAAUGGUCCUUCUGAAACUUCAGAGAUGGUUAAAUAUGCUGCUAAUGUUUGUGAACAGAACUUCCUUCACUUGACCAGAGUUGAAUCUGUUCAUGCUAGCUUAGAGCUUGGGCUUUUAGUUUAGAAAAUCUAAAUAAAUUAUUCCCUAUCCCAUGUUAACAAGAACAAGAUAAUGAGGAAAAGCAUUACUUCAGAUGAAAUUUCUUUUGCCUGUUCAGUAUUAAUUUAUGUAUAAUUCUUUCUUUUCAAUAUGGGAAAGUGCAAAAUGUGUGUUUUUGAGGCUCACUUCCUGAUAUUCAAGUGCUUUUUACAUACAUGUAAAAAGGAUUCUGCGGACUCUGGAUUUGGAUUAGGUUCUGGCUCUGCAAAAGACUGAUUUGAGGAUGAGAUAUUUAGGCUGAGAUUUUUAAGAGAGGCUGAAGUUCUCCAGCUCCUUUCAAAGGGAGCUAGCUGUAAACUGUUAGACUCCUGCAAACGCUUAAUUGUGUUCUUUGUGCCCCAGUUUCCCAUUUGGAAAAUGGAGAUGAUUCUUCCCUACUUCAUAGAGGGGUGAAAUACCAGAAAAAAGUAGCAGUGGGGGCCCCAGGGAUGUACAGGCAUACUCUUGAGUUUAUCUGUACAUCUUCUGGUAUGUCUACCGCUGUACCAUCUUGAUACAACUUGAACUGUUACUUGGAAUAAAGCUCCGCAUACUUUAUUCACAGAUCGGAAGCUUUAUUGAAUACAUGUAAAUGGUUUCCUUUUAAAGAACAUAACCAGAUCUUUUUUGCAACUGUUUUCAGAGAAAGCUGGCAUUGUGCACAUACUGUAGGCAGGUCUUUAGCUCAGUUUUUUAUUGUCAAGAGUACAGUAGCAGGUGAGGGCUUUCUGUUGAAAAUACCUUGUCCCAAAUUCCGGUCCGGGCUCGUGGCCUCACUGUGUCUCCGAAACAAAACUACUGUACUUGCAGAGCAAAAAGGGACUGACCCAAAACAAGGAUAUCAUCCGUUCAGGGCCCAGAGAGUGAAUCUCUUCCCUGGAGACUUCCUGAGAGUGUUAAUGCUCUUCUAGUUUAGGUCUGUGGUCAACAGGGUUAAUUUUGUAUGGUAGAACAUAUAAUUAAAACAGUUAAGUGAAUCGGUUACAAGAGGUGGUUUUGCUGAGUACCUGAAUCCAAGUCCUUAAGCAAUAUUGCCCACAUUCAGGUAAAGGAAGUUUCUGAUACUGUUGUAAUAUAUAUUUUAAUCUUGGACCUCUGCGAGACUUUGUUUGGCAAGGUGAAACGUUUGUUUUAACAUGGUUUGUAAAUUAAUGACAUAUUUAACUAUGUACAUAGGUCUGUAGAAAGUAUGGAAACACUGGAAUAAAAAGGGCAUAUCUAGACAUUUCGUGUAUAAUGACCCUGUAAUUAAAUCAAAGUGAAGGGGUUGGUUUGCGUUUUUUCCUUGCAGGAAGCUUUGGGAGUGCCACACAUGAGUAGUCACGGCCACUUGUGAGAAAUCGGAUGAGUGUGUUGCCGUGUGGGUGUGAUACCUUACCGGAUGGUUACGUAGGCUGAAACUACGAUGAUUUGGAUGCCGUAACUAGUGUUAGCACACGAGUCGCUGGUAUCCUUAGAAAUGUUUUGAUUUCCAUUGUGCAUUUCUAACAUGUAAAUGCAUGACAAAAUUGGGAAAUUCUUUCCAAAACAGUCCUGGAUAGUUCUAGAAAGACCAGUGUUAAAGAAACCCAUCUCUCCCCACUACGUGUGGGUUUUCUGUUGAUAGUUCCAUGGAGUAUUUGGUGCUCUUUGAAGAGAUCUUCAAAAUAUUUCCCUUGCAGAUUCAGUUUUAGUACCUAGUAGUGAUUAGAGCAUCUUCAUCAUCUGGUAAAAUGCUUGUAUUUUUUAAAAAACUGAAUGCUAAAUAAAAUUGAGGCAAUACUUAGGUUUUGUAGGUGUACAGUGAUUUUUAAAAAUAGUGUUGGUAAUUUGGGGUCAAUUCAUGAUGAUUCCUGAAGCUCAAAACCUUUUCUUUCUGAUCUGUGUUUAAACCCACAUUUUUCUGAUGUAGCAUUUUGCAGCAGCAGCGACUUCUGCCAUGUAGCUAUUUGUGAAAAAGGUGCAAUAUAAAUAUU